CUUUCCUUAUGGUCAACCGACAUUCCUUCAUAGUCUCGAGCUCCGCGUUUCUCUCCUCCCGAUUUCAUUCACUCGAUCUCGUUCUCUGUUCCUUUCCCGCGCGGUAGAAGCAGGCAGGGGCGAGCUGCGACCCUCCCGAUUUCACUCUCUCGAUCCCGCUCGCUGUUCCUUUCUCGCGCGGUAGAAGCAGGCAGGGGGAAGCUGCGACCCUCCCGAUUUCACUCUCUCGAUCCCGCUCCCUUUUCCUUUCUGGGGCGGUAGAAGCAGGCAAGGGAAGCUGCGACCUUACUACAGUGCAAGGGCCACGAUCAGUCAAACCAAGCGGCACCUGAGAAGGCCGCAACUGGUGAUUUAGGGCUCCGGAGUGAAAUCUUAAGGUUUGAAUCUUUUUUUCACUAUAAUCGCUCAGCCAAUUCAUGGCAAUCUGGAUGCCAAUACUUUACUUUAUAUCAACUUCAUCCGCCAUCAUGUUUGUUUAUUUCGUCGUUGCUGUGAUCUCUGGUCGGCGGCGGCGGAGACGGGCCGGUUUCCAUCCAUACACCAACGACGGAGGCGGCGGGGAGCGCGUACUGUGGUGCGCCAUCAAAGCUGUUCAGGACGAGAACCCUGAUAUUGAUUGCAUCAUCUACACCGGUGAUGAUGGCACACCAGAAACUCUGGCUACCAGGGCGCUUGACCGAUUUGGCGUCCACCUUCUUUACCCUCCUAUGGUUGUUCGCUUGUACAAAAGAAAAUGGGUAGAUGAGAAAUCCUAUCCCCGUUUCACUAUGAUUGGGCAAAGUUUUGGCUCUGUUUAUUUAUCUUGGGAGGCCUUAUGUAAAUUUACUCCACAAUUCUAUAUUGACACCAGCGGCUAUGCUUUUACGUAUCCACUUGCUCGGGUUUUUGGUUGUAAAGUUAUUUGUUAUACUCAUUACCCAACAAUCAGCUCAGAUAUGGUCUCCCGUGUUCGUAACUACAGUUCAAUGUAUAACAAUGAUGCUCUUGUUGCUAAAAGUAUUUGGCUAUCUCGUUGUAAGAUCGUAUACUACAUACUUUUUGGUUGGCUGUAUGGCCUUGUUGGAUCCUGUGCACAGCUUGUCAUGGUGAAUUCCUCUUGGACACAAUCUCAUAUUGAGAAGAUAUGGAAGAUUUCUGCACGUAUUAAGAGGGUGUACCCUCCAUGUGAUACUUCGGCCCUUAAGGUUUUGCCAUUGGAAAGACCCGCUGAGACAGCUAUUCUUGUUUCUGUUGCCCAGUUUCGGCCAGAAAAGGCUCAUGGUCUUCAACUUGAGGCAUUUGCACUUGUUGUUGAUAGGCUAGAACCAGACAUGACUAAACCAAAGCUGCAAUUUAUUGGCAGCUGUCGGAAUAAGGAGGACCAAGAAAGAUUGCAAAAAUUGAAAAAUAGAGCAUCUGAGCUUAACAUGGAAAAUUAUGUGGAAUUCCACAAGGAUGUCAAGUACAGCGAAUUGGUGAAGCUAUUGGGUGCUGCUAUUGUUGGGCUUCAUUCCAUGAUAGAUGAACAUUUUGGCAUCAGUGUGGUUGAGUAUAUGGCAGCGGGUGCUAUCCCUAUUGCUCAUAGUUCAGCAGGACCGAAGAUGGACAUCAUUCUUGAAGAAGAUGGAAAGCCAUCAGGAUUUCUGGCUUCAAGCAAAGAAGAAUACGCUGACGCCAUUCUCAAGGUUCUGAGGAUGUCAGAAGCAGAAAGGCUGGAAAUUGCUGCGGCUGCGAGGAAGCGUGCAGAGAAGUUCUCUGAGAAAAUGUUCUAUGAAAAUUUUAAAUCUGCUAUUUGCCCCAUAUUCUACACAUAGCUUGAAUCUCUUAAAGACUUGAAUUUUCAUAUUUGCGAAGGUGAAGUUGACGUCCCAAAUUGAUCCAUAUAAUGAUGUAAAAAUUCAAAUGGAAGUUAAUUAUAUAUAUUUUGGUCUAAAUUGGUUCAUGAUUCAAUAAUUGAGGAUUUAUUUGGGUUUUCUGGGGCUCUAAAUGUUCGUUUGACUUGCAUCUAAAUAUUCAUUUGGCUCAUUUGCUUAAUGAAUGAAUCAAAUAUGAGCCAUUUAACCAGUAGAACAUGAGUUGUUCGGGGACAAUGAGCUUUUUUAACAGCCAUAUUCGUGAUCAUGAAAGCUGUUAGAAGUUGACCUGAAUUUUAUUUGGCCUGAAUCGAAAAGAUCACGGUACAUCAUAUAUAGUGCAGCCAAAAUUAUGUAAACAUUUUUUGGAAAAUUGUGCUUGGUAGUGGAGGGAUUGGGCUAUAUAUAUAGAGAGAGGUUUUUGUAUAUAUGAAGGGGGUCAGCCGUGCC